UUGACCUGGGUUGGUGCGUGUGCUACCGGAGCGAGGGCCCAGUCAUGCUGGCGCAUCACGCCGCCAGCAUCGUGGGCAUCCUCCUGGCGCUGCUGAUGGGCGUGUCGGGCUGUGAGACCUGCGGGGUGAUCUUCGGCAGCGAGAUCACCAACCCGCUGCUGCAGAGCCGCUGGUUCCUCCGCCAGCUGGGACUCUACGACAGCCUGCUGGGCGACGCCGUGGACCUGCUCUUCAUCCUGCUGUUCGCCACGGUGCGCGUCGGCCUGGGGACCGUCAUGUUUUAUUGCGAGCUCACUUCGCCCAGGACUUUGCUGAUAAUGAAGCUUGGCGGCGUGGUCAUGUAUCUGCUGGCCUGGGUGUUCAUGGUGGACAUCGCCAGGUUCGGCUACAAGAAGACCAGGGCCAAAUACAGGAAGUGGAUGGUGAACCGCGAGCUCAAAGAGACAAGCGAAGAAAAACCAGUUGGGCACGAAGAGUGAUUGAGAAGACUAACUCAACCGCUUUCACAUGUUUUUAACAGACGCUCCAUGAAUGUAUUUAUUUAUUUAUUUAUUUGAUCUGCCAUGCAGUGGACUGCAACAUUUUUAAAGUCUGUGUAAAAACAAUUCUGAAAAACCUUGAUAAGUACAUUUAUUUUGCAAACUAAAUAAUGAGCUGACAGUGAGCAGAGCAUGCGCAUUAAGAGGUCCGACCUUUAGAGGAACUGCCAGCAGGGGGCGCAACUACAUACAUACUUUCCGAGGUGUAUGCGAACAUGUCAUCGCCCCCCCUGCUCCCUGCUCCCUGACAUAAACUUGUAUAACUCAUUUUUAAUUAAAGUAUCAAUAAUAAUAAAUGUACAUAUAUGUGAAUAAAUUGUUGCCCUCAGGGCAAUUAAAAAAGAAUGAAACAAAAAACAGGGCAAUAUUUCAUAAUUUAAUAUAUAUUUGA